AGUUGUUUUGAACAUCUUAAAGCCUAAACAUUAAAAAUGCGUUCUCUAAUUGUCGUUGCUCUUCUGGCCUUCCUGGCUGUUGGUCUUGUGGCUGCCCGUCCAGCUGAGGACGAGGAGAACUCCGUCCAGGAAAGCACCGAUGAGGAUUCGUCCAACAACGCCGCCGAAGAAACAAAUGUUGAACAAAGUCAGGAUUCUGCAAAUGAGGAAGACCAAGAGCAAGAGCAAGAGCAAGAGCCCAAUGGUGAGGAUAAUGAGGAGAUCAAUGAAGAUAACAUCGAGUCGGAAGAUGAUGAUCAGGAGGAAGAUAAUGAACAGGAGGAAGAUAACAAUCAGUCGGAAGAUAACAAUCAAUCCGAUGAUGACAAUCAGUCGGAAGAUAACAAUGGAUCGGAAGGCGGUCAGGAGGAGAAUAAGCCACCCAAAAAGCAGACUCGUCCAUUUAUUCCUCGAUUCGGAGUUAAGGGACCAGUUCAUAUCUAUGCCAAACCCCUUUUCCUUGACUAAGCCUUAUGAAAUAAGUUUUAUAAAAAUGCAAAUAUUAUAAAUACAAAAUUUUAAAAUGUAAA